CAAAAUAUAUACUGGGCCCACAAAGCUUGGCCCAUAAACAAAAACAUAAACUUUAAGCAUAGGAAAAAGAAGAAAUCGUUCGUCUGGAGAAGACGGAAGGGAUAAGGAUGAUAACGGUAAGCCAAGUUUCCUCUUACUCUUCUUCUUCUUCAAACCUCGCUUCUCUGUCUCGUCUCAACCACAAACCAUCCUCGAGACUCCGAAGCUCUUCUCUGUACAGACCAAUCUUCUCCGUUCCGACCAAAACCAGGAACACUUGUAAAGCCAAUUCAUGGAAGAAUCUCGGUCUGGUCAUCAACUCUAGAAGCUCUGAGGUUUCGACAUUUGAUCCGUUGGGUAUUAAUCCAAAAGAAGCUUCUGGCCUGAGUAGUAUUUGGGAAAGCUUUCUGAGUGUUUUGUCUCCAUCACUUGAAAGCUCCUCCGGUAGCAAAAGAGAUAAACCAUCUUCUGGUCGUGGCGUGGCAGCUGCUAUUGAGGACAGUUCCAUUGACUUUGGAGAUUUCUUCAAAGGCCCAUUGCCUGGGAAGUUCCUAAAGCUCCUCGGCUUCCUAGCUCUCUCUCGCCUCGGAAUCUACAUCCCACUAGGCGGAGUCAACCGAGAAGCCUUUGUCGGCAACUUGGAUCAGAACAGCUUGUUAACCACAUUGGACACAUUCUCCGGUGGUGGCAUUGGUAGACUCGGCAUAUGCUCCCUCGGUAUCGUCCCUUUCAUCAACGCCCAGAUCGUGUUUCAGCUUCUCGCUCAAGUCUACCCCAAGCUGCAAGACCUUCAGAAGAAAGAAGGCGAAGCGGGGAGAAAGAAAAUCCUCCAGUACACUCGGUACGCUUCGGUUGGAUUCGCUAUAGUACAGGCGAUAGGACAAGCGGUUUACCUCCGUCCUUACGUGAAUGACUUCAGCACUGAAUGGGUUGUUUCGUCCGUCACGUUGCUAACACUUGGCUCUGUCCUCACUACUUAUAUUGGAGAGAGGAUCUCCGAUCUGAAGCUUGGAAACGGCACUUCGCUUUUGAUAUUCACGAGUAUUAUCUCUUACUUGCCUGCUUCAUUUGGUAGAACAGCAGCAGAAGCAUUACAGGAAGGAAACUAUACUGGUCUGGCUACCAUAGUUGUUUCAUUCCUCCUCUUGGUACUUGGAAUCGUCUAUGUUCAGGAAGCAGAGAGGAAGAUUCCACUCAACUAUGCCUCCAGAUACACCAGCAAAGCAGCUGGGCUGCAGAAGUCUGCUUAUCUUCCAUUCAAGGUCAAUAGUGCUGGAGUGAUGCCUAUCAUAUUCUCCACGUCAUCUCUUGCUCUCCCUGCUACUCUAGCGCGAUUCACCGGCAUUUCUGCUCUGAAGAAUAUUGCUUAUGGCUUGAACCCUGGAUGUUCGUUCUAUCUUCCAACAAAUAUACUUCUCAUAGCUUUCUUCAACUACUACUACACUUUCCUGCAACUUGACCCGGACGAUGUGAGUGAACAAUUGAAACGACAAGGUGCAUCCAUCCCUCUUGUCCGGCCUGGUAAAAGCACUGCUCUCUUCAUCAAAACCGUUCUUGGCCGGAUAUCUGUUCUUGGAUCAGCAUUUCUGGCUGUUCUAGCGGCGGGUCCUGCUGUGGUUGAACAGAUCACUCACUUGACAGCAUUCAGAGGAUUUGCUGGAACUUCUGUUCUGAUUCUCGUAGGGUGCGCGACAGAUACUGCAAGAAAGGUUCAAGCUGAGAUCAUCUCGCAGAAGUACAAGAACAUUGAGUUUUAUGAGCUUGACAAGUAUGAUCCAUGAACUAGUCCUUUCUGUUUUACUUAUAUUACCAUCAAAUCACAUUGUACUGUAUGAAAGUACUAUGUAACGUUAAGGGCUUUGACUUUGGUUAGUAUAAUUAGCCCUGUUCGUAA